AUGUCAAAUUUGUUCGAGCAGAUCUCGUCCAGUUCUGAUAGUGUGAAUAAUCUGAAUAGUCUCUUAUCCUCAUUCACCCCUUUGGUCAAUGCUAAAUUUUCAUAUGAGAAAACUUGUGAUUCUGGGGAGAAGCCUUACUUCAUUCUUGAAGACUUGUGGGAGUCUUUCAAGGAAUGGAGUGCAUAUGGAGUGGAGGUGCAAUUCACACUGAACGAUGAACAAGUGUUACAAUACUUCGUGCCAUAUCUCUCUGCAAUUCAACUCUACGUUGAAGAUGAAGGACUAGAUGAGAAAAGUGGUGAUUCUGUGACAACUAAUAAGGUUGUGUAUGAAUUUUUUGAGCAUUUUUCGCCAUAUGUACGCAUUCCUCUUACUAAAAAGGUUUCAACUCUUGCUAAAGAAGAUCCUUGUUUAAAGUAUUUGAGAAGCUCUGAAAUAUCGCCCUGCAGUUGGUUUUCCGUGGCAUGGUAUCCGAUUUACCGUAUCCCUAAUGGACCGACGCUAAAGAACAUAGAAGCUUCAUUUCUUACAUACCAUAAUCUGUCAACUCAACCGGAGAUGCGUGACAGAAAGAUGAAAACACCUCUUCCGAUUUUCGGUCUAACAACUUAUAAGGUGAGAGGGUCGAUUUUGCCUUUUCCGGAAGCAUCUCAAUCGUGCCAAUUGAACUCACUUUUGAAGGCUGCUGAUGGUUGGUUGAAGAAUUUGAAGGUCAGACAUUAUGAUCAUAACCAUUUUGUUCAGAAUGGUAAGCAGUGGGUAGAUUAG